CAUUCAUCGGCUCGCCAUUGGAAUGAUAAAGCGAUGCCGAUGAGAUCAGAUAUGACACAAAGACGAUAACUAGAAAAAGAUCGUUAAUUCAGAAGACAAAUGGCUGUUGGAAUCUCAAAGGAUUUAAUAAACCAACUCCAGAUCUCACUUCGCAAGCAAGCCAACGUUCCAUCCUACGAUCCGAAUGACCCAUCGCUUCCCGGUCUCCCUUCCUUCCUUCACUCGACUGAUGACUCUCCCAACCUCCGCUGCCACCACUGCAAGGCUCGUCUCCUCCGAGGCUCCGAUUCUGUCCUUUGCAUUUUCUGCGGCAAACGCCCCACCGAGACGUCGCCUCCGUCCAUCAAAUUCCAGUCCACUUCGGGUUACCGAUGGUUUCUUCACUCUCUUAAUUUGGAUGGAUCUGAAAUUGUGGGAGAGACUUUAGACGGGAAUGAAAGGGAUAAAGAACGUAGAGAGGAGUCUUCUUUAUCUGAUAUUUUAGGUUUAGAAAUAAGGUGGAAUGAUUCAGAGCCUGAGGGGUUUGAUUCUGGUUUAAGAAAGGGUAAUCCGUUGAAUUUGGCUGGAUUUGAUCUUGGUGAUGAUUUUUUAGCUGAAAGAAAAGAAGAUUCUGAUACGAUACCCUCUGAAGGGACAUCGGCGGCAAAGAAAGGGAUUGAUUCUACUGGAAGUACUGUGCUUGUCGAAUCGGUUGGCAAUUUUCAGGGUUCUGUCUCUGGUUGGCAGGCUGACUUUCAGUCUGCCGAUUCUAGAGCUGAUCAAGGUGCUAUUAGCUCCGCGUCGUUUGAUCCUUUUGUGAGUUCCUCAAAAGAUAUUUCUUCCAACAUGGGCACGGUCUUCGGACAGGGUACUAGUUUAUUUGAUGGAAAAGAAAAAAGCAAUCAAACUUCUUUGGUUUCCAAAACUUCAGACUGGUUUCAAGGUGAUUUGAAGAGUAAUUCCAUUUCAGGUGAUCAAGAUCAAAUCAGAACCAGCAAUGCCCCUGGUGUCAGGACUCUUGAUGUCGAUGAUGAUUCCUGGAAUGAUUUUAAGGGUUCCACCAUUGCACAAGAUGUUGGUCAGAAUUCUUCAGACCAGACUUCUGGUGGUUUGAAGUCAAUGCAUGAAAAAGGUUCUUCUGCCGAUCUUUCUACUCACGUGGAUAGUGUCUUUGGUACAGGAGACUUCUUUGAGGGAGAAGCAGUAGAUAACACUACUUCAUCACAAACUACUAAUUGGUUUCAGGAUGAUCUAUGGAGUAGUUCCUCCUCAAAGACAGUUCAUCAUACUGUAGAAUCUGAUGAGAAUCUGGGUGAUAAGGAUGGCAGGGCAUUAGCAAAUAUAAAUGAUUCUUCUGUGAGUAUAAACAAAAUUCAAGAUGAUCAAUGGCCAUUGAGUGGAGUCGAAGCAGCUGACAGUGCAACCAAUGAUGAAGAUGAUGAAUCAUUUGGAGCUUGGAAUGAUUUUAAGAGCUCAAGUGUCCUGAAUUCUUCAAAAAGUUCUUCGAAAGAACAUGCUAUCCAUACUACUUCUACUGAAGUAAAGAGUAGGGACCCCUUUUCUGGAUGGAACCCUGACUUCCAAUCUGCCAAAUUUGAAACUAAUCACAUGAGAUCCAAAUCAUCUGAUCCUUUUGUGGGUUCUUCAGUUGAUCUUUAUGAUCAUAUUGAUACUGUUUUUACAUCGGGAAAAGAUUUGUUUGAUGGGAAAGCAAAAGAUAGCUCUAAUGCUUCUGAUGCAAAUAGGUGGUUUCAGGAUGAUCUAUGGUCCAAUUCUACCUCAAAUUUAACUCAAGCUGAAAACUUGGAUGCAACUGUUAAUAGUAUGGAUUCUGGAACAGCUAGGGGUGUGCAUGAUCCUCCCUCAAUGGAUGUUGAUUGGUUUCCUGAUGAUCAAUGGUUAACAGGUAACCAGCAGAAGGCAUCUGAUAGAAAACCUAUUGAGGAAUCAGAUGAUUCAUUUGGUGAUUGGUUCGACUUCAAAAGCUCAAUUACUAAGCAAGAUUCUCUUAGUAAUUCUUCGAAACAAGCUGUUAGAACUGAUAAUCAGACCAUUGAUGAUAAUAACAGCUUGUCUGCUACCUGGAAUGAUUUUUCAAGCUCAACUAGAGUGAAAGACCCUUCAAGUAUUUCUGUAGAGCAAACUGCUGUCCAUCAAGAAAUGCUUUCCAUUGAAACUUCAGAAGUGAACUUGUUCAGUGCGGAUAACAAUUCAACCGAUAACAAUUUUGGUAGUUCAUCUCAACAUGAUUUCUUUUCAGGGGCAUUCAGCAAUCAAAAUGGCUCAACUGAAACCAAUAUUUUCUGGUCUGCAGCUCCUCUUUCAGACUGUAUGGGUGAUGCAAAUGUAAGAGGCAGUAGUGAAGCUGAAGGUGCAAAAGAUGGUGAUAUCUGUAAUGCUACAUCAACAGGUUCAAAAAGUGAUGAAAUAGAGAGAUUGAUGUCGCAAAUGCAUGAUCUUUCAUUUAUGUUAGAAAGCAAUCUUUCAAUACCUGCAAAAGUAUAUGAAUGUGAACAUUCUAAUGACUGAGAGCCAUUCGAGUUCUUUAUCAUAUUAUUAGAUCUUGUUUGCCUUGCGUUCUA